AUGGACGACCCCCAGGCCAACAGGGCGCUCAAGGCGCCCAUCCUGUCGCACGUGCAAGAGCUCUACAGCUUCGCCAAGUACCGCAAGACGCCGUUCGAGCGCCUCAGCGCCUCGUGCCCGGUCCAAGCCGUCGUGUCGGCCAUCCUGUUCGUCGUCUACGGUCUCAAGAGCAUCAUCUGGGACGUCGUCCUCAGCCCGUCGACCUACCUGUCGGACCCGCUCCAGUCGCUCGCCAUCCUCGUCUUCUACCCGCUCGGGGGCACGGUCAUCUUCCUCCUCAGCCUCGUGUUCGCCCUCGGCCGCAUCGGCGGGUACGGCGACUCGCUCAUCGACUACGUCUCGGACCGCUGGGCCAAGGGCUACUCGAUCGUCAACUGGGCCAACCCGGACAUCUUCACGCAGCUCGCGCCGAGCGUCGACGAGGCGCAGCCGUACCUCGACGGCUCGAAGCCGACGACCGACUACCAGGACUGGCCCCUCGACCCGACGGCGCCCGGCCGCGAGAGCGCCCUCGUCCGCACGAUCCCGCUCCCCCUCGUUCGCGCUUUCCUCGCCUUCAACGCCCUCGUGUACGAGCGCAAGGACCAGCUCGUCGUCCAGGCCAAGGAGGUCGUCGCGACGGCGUACGAGGCGUUCGGCGGCACGAGCGACGCCUUCUACGAGCAGCUCGAGAACGCGGCGCAGAUGCUCGUCCUGAGCAAGAGCCGCAUCGCGGCCGAGGUCGCCCUGUACGGCCUGCGCUUCGAGGGCGUGUCGGACCUCAACUCGGUCGCCGGAUCGUUCGCGGGCCUCUUCUUCUCGAAGCCGGGCUCGCUCAAGCCCUUCAUCGUCCUCGCCUUCAAGGGAACCGGUCCCACGGCCUUCGCCGAGUGGCUCACCGACUGCACUCUCGACCGCACCUCGGUCACGUCCGUCCUCGGCGGCGGCGGCGCCCACACGGGCUUCUUCGAGUCGCUGUUCCGGUCGCCGCGUCGCGACUACGAGUCGAACGGCUACGACACGAUCCUGCGCGCCCUCAAGCAGGUCGCCAAGGCCCUCAAGCCCGGCGACAAGACCAAGGUCCAGCUCUGGGUCACCGGCCACUCGCUCGGCGGUGCCUACGCAGAGCUCGCCUACAUGCGCCUGCUCGCCUCGCCCGCCGACCUCGGCCCCGACCUCGAGCUGCGCGACUGCUACACGUAA